GGUUGUACCAACACGGUGGAGAGAAUCUAGUGAAGAAAUCAACGAUUUUCACAAUACAUGAAAAACACACAAAAAAAAACAACAACAUCAACAAUCUCUCUAUCUAUCUUCCAAACACGCCAAGCUUUGCUUCUCAGCCCCCUCUCUCCCAACUACUUAAUAAUAAAACCUACAAAACCACCUCUCAUUCCUCAUAGGCACGCCUUUCUCUCUUUUUCUCCUCUCUCUCUCUCUCUCUCUCUUUCUUUCUCUCUCUAAAAACAUUCAUACAUAAAUAUUAUAUAUAUAUAUAUAUAUAUAGACACACACACAAACAGGAAACUAGAAGGGUAUUUUGGUUUUUGAGUUUGAAGUAUAAUAUACAAAAGAUGGAGCUGAAAUCAGAAGUUGCAGAUUCACAUCAAAACCAAAAAGAAGAAGAACAACAACAACAUUUCCAUGUCUUAGCCGUAGAUGAUAGUCUUAUAGAUAGAAAGCUCUUGGAGAGGCUUCUUAGAGUUUCUUCAUAUAAAGCAGUGACUUGUGUGGACUCUGGGGAUGAAGCACUUAAGUACCUGGGUUUGGUUGAUGAAUUGAAAAACAGCUCUUCAUCAGCUUCUUCUUCAUCCACUUCCAUCCACUCACCAGAACAAGAGGGAUCAAAAGUCAACUUGAUCAUGACAGACUAUUGUAUGCCAGGGAUGAGUGGCUAUGAUUUACUCAAACGAGUCAAGGGAUCUUCAUGGAAAGAUGUACCAGUUGUGAUAAUGUCAUCAGAGAAUGUACCAUCCAGAAUAAACAUGUGCUUAGAAGGAGGUGCUGAGGAGUUCCUCUUAAAACCCGUUCAGUUAUCAGAUUUGAAGAAGCUUCAGCAUUACCUUCUGAAAUCCCUUGACCAUUCGUUUAGUAAAACCGUUCAUAACCAUGACUUCAUAGAGAACGACGUCGUGGUCGAUAGUGAUGGCAACAAAAGCAAUGAGAAUAGUAAUAAGAACAAUAGUAAUAUUAGCAAGAGGAAGGCAGUUUCUCCAGAACUACCCUCAGAAAGAAGACCAAAAGUAGAGGGAUUAGCUGUCGUGUAAAAUGGAUACAUUAUCCAAUCACACAUCUGUCCCCGUGAAUCCUUAAUCCUAUAUAUAUAUAUAUAUGUAUGUAUAAUUUGGUGAGUUCCAUCAUUUGGAGGGUGUAUAAAUAUAUAGCAAUUAAUUAUAUGCAAGGGGUUUUGGAAGAAAAAAAAAAAUAAAAGAUAUUCAGUGUCUUUGGCUGCUGCUUUCUAGGAUGUGGUAGUCAGAUGGAAAGAAUCGUUUCAAUCUUCUCAGGAUAAGGUUGGUAAAUGAGGAUAGAUACUGAAUUUCUUGUUUGUUGGGAGGGAAAGAUGGUGGAGGGAUGUCAAAUCCUUUUAAAUCCACCAAAAAUUUAUGCAUUAUUCCUUUUAAAUUUAAUGGAGAGAUUAGAGGAAUGAGAAAAUCCUAUUUACA